ACAAAUACUAAAAUCUCUCCCAUACAUAAAUUGAAUCAACAUAUAUUCCUCAACAUUAAAUACUUUUUCAAAAUGAAUAAUAGCGUAAUAUCCUUCUCGUCCAGAUGUGGUAAUUUUCGCAGAACCAUCCAUAAAUUAGUUUAUUUGCCGGCUGGGUCCUUUUGGUGGGGUUCGUCAGCAAACGGUUCACAAUAAUUGCCAAUGCAGAAACCUUUUUGGCCCGCUGCUAAUGAGCCGAACAUCGCCGCAUCGCUUCUGCAUUUAGGCCUAAUAACUGUCGGCGAGGAAAGUCUGCAAAUGGCCAGUGGAGAGCCGCCGAGAAACCUCCCGAAAAAGGCGCACAAGUCAAAGCAAAUUAAAAUAAGAAUCACGACAGGUUACCAUGCAAUCCCCCAAUCGAACCCGGGAGGACUUUAGCUCCAUUCGGAACAAACACGAAACGCCGCCGACAGAAAAGUUCAAGUCGGCUGGUGAAAGAAAUUUACAAGUGUUAAAUGUCGAACGCUUUUUGGCACUGAGGGGAAAUGCGUGCUGGCCGGCUUUCGACACGAAGGCAACGCGGAAACUGUGGACAAAUAAACACUAGGAUGUAAGAUGCACUCUAAACAAAUUUGUACUAAAUAAUGUAUACCUCUUCUAAUUAAAAAUUA